GUGCUUGCAGGGAACGCUCCGCAAGUAGCGUCGUUUCCGUUGCCGGCUCUUUGCAGUUGGGGAAACCGAGGCAGCUUCUGCUCCUCCUAGUUCUCCGCUCCUGUGAGGAAAAAAUGUUUAUUUCUUUGUGGGAGUUCUUCUAUGGGCACUUUUUGCGAUUUUGGAUGAAAUGGCUCUUACGACAGAUGACUGGAAAGUGUGAAUUGCAGCGAAUUUUUGAUACCUAUGUGGGUGCACAGAGGACUCACAGGAUAGAAAAUUCCUUGACAUACUCCAAGAAUAAGGUUUUACAGAAGGCAACACAUAUUGUCCGGAGUGAUGUGGAUAAGUAUGUAGAAGAUAUAAUGAAGGAAAAGAAUAUUAACUCUGAGAAGGAUUCCAGUUUUAAAAUCUGCAUGAGGACAUGCUUACUACAGAUAACUGGUUAUAAACAGCUCUAUUCGGAUGUAGAAAGUGUGAGGAAAAGGCCAUAUGAUUCUGAUAACCUGCAACAUGAAGAGCUCCUCCUAAAGCUUUGGAAUCUUCUAAUGCCAACGGAAAAGUUGAAGGCCAGAAUCUCCAAGCAGUGGGCUGACAUUGGUUUCCAGGGUGAUGAUCCCAAAACAGACUUCAGAGGCAUGGGCAUACUGGGAUUAAUCAAUCUUGUGUAUUUCAGUGAAAAGUACACCAAUGAAGCUCAUCAGAUUCUUUCCCGUUCAAAUCAUCCAAAAUUAGGGUAUUCUUAUGCAAUAGUUGGAAUCAAUCUUACAGAGAUGGCUUAUAGCUUAUUGAAGAGUGAAGCUUUGAAGUUUCAUCUCUACAACUGUGUUCCUGGUAUACCAACAAUAGAACACUUUCAUCAGUUUUAUUGAUCUUUGAAAAACAGGAAAAUCAUGGAAGAUGGGUCCCCAAGAGUAUUUUCUACUUAAGUUUUCAUAUUUGCUGGUAAAUUUAAUGAGACAAUUUUUCACAUGCAGACAAAUUUAGAAUUUAGUUUUUCUGUAGACAUUCAUUGUCUAGUUAACUCCAAAAUGAAUAUUCCCUGCUUAAUGAAUGCUGUUGACUCAAAGACAGACCAUUUGCAGACUAUUUUGUUACUUUUUUAAUCAAUUCCUUUCCAAGAACUUUCCACCCCCCUUAUUUCAAGGCCCAUUUUUUUGUGUUUGGUUGGGGGUACUUAAUAACUAUUCCUAAAGCUAUUGUUACUAUCUCUGUUCUAUUAACUUUUUGAUAUAUUUGAAUGCUAAAACUUUAAUUGAAUGAGUCUAUCUUCUGAGGCUAUUGAUCAGAAGCAAAGAAUUCAAAUCUAAUUUUGCUUCAUAUUAUCUUAAUCUUUUUGCAUCUUUAGAAUGUCACUUGCAUGUUGGUAGGAUUUAAGAAAAUACUUAGAUAAUAAAUGGCCAAAUCGUAACUUCUUCAUCUACAUUGUGACGGUAUCAUCCACCUCUCUCUUUCCCAUAAGCUCUUCCACCUUUACUUAAAUUCCUAAUUCCAGUUUUGUCUGCAUCCUACAUUUCUCUUGAAUUCGUCUACUAUUUUCCCAUUCCCAUUGUAAAUGGGUGU